UGAUCGCCGCGUACGUUUGACCGGUGAUCGAUGUCGUUGCGACGGCGUGACCUAAGCCCCCUACCGCGCGGGAGUGGUAGCGGGGGUGGAGGGUCUCUCGGUGCCAGCAGCAAGCUACGAAUGGAUCGUAAUCCAACAAGGGCAAAAAUUAACGAUCCCAGCCACCCGGCAGGCAAGCGCAAGGAGAUUGACAACGUAAUGAAAAAGGCACGCGCCUUUCCGAACGAGACCUGGGACAAAAAGCUGCUCGAGGCGGAGGAGAAAGAUCCCAACCGUUGGCGUCAUACGGGCUACAAAAAGUUGUACAUCGAGGACGACCCCAGUAGCUCCGAUUCUGGACGCGGCGGUGCUCCCGCUGGACGCUAUGGCAACGGGGGACGCCGCAGUCGUUCGCCGCGCUCUCCACGGCAUCGUCGUACACCGUCGCCGUUGCCACCGAUGCGGAAGCGGCGCAUCUCAUCUCCUUCACCGUUGCCGCUGCGUCGACGGUCUCCUCUGCCAUCACCGAUUACUCGAAAACCGUUGCUGCCGGAAUCGAAACGCCGACCGCGGUCACCCUCGCCGCGAAUGCGUCGCAAAUCACCUCUGCAACUUAUGACGCGGCGCCCAUUAUCGCCUGAAUUACGUCGCCGAUCGCCGCCACCGAACAUGAUGCCAGCAGGAUCACCACGCCGACCUCGGCGCUUGUCUCCACAGCCGGUACCGUCAUCGAAAGCGAGCCGAAUGCCACCGGUUCCGCGAUCGAAACGGCCACCUUCACCACCUCCCAGGAUGAGUCGUUCGGGUUCGAUGAGCAGUUGCUCUGACGACUCCUGCUCUGCUUGCUCGGCCAAAGAUCAUCGUCGUCGUCGACGCUCUAGAUCUCGGUCGUUUUCGCAUCCGCGUCCGCGCGCUCGUUCUCCGCCGCACAGCAACGGUUCGAAAACUCACCGACGCGAUGGUCUCGGGGCCAGUCACGAAAACCGCAUACGCCCCAUGAGUCCGCCGCCGAUGGAUCCGCGACGCAAGCCAACAGUACUUCCGCCGUCCUCAUCGCAUCAAUCCGAACGACUACCGAAAGCUCAGCGAAGUCUCGAGAAGGAUCCCCGUGAUCGAGUCGCCCGAUCGAUUCCACACCCGUCGGUUCCAGAGCCGCGCCUGAGACGUCCUCAAACACCUGAAUCGGAUCGAGGACGAGUGUUAUCUCCACCGAAGCGAGCAAAGCACAGCAGUAAACAUUCUUCGGCCAGCUCUGUGGCAGUCCCGCCAGAGGAUAUCCGCCCAACCAAGAGUAGCGGCCGUUCGUCGAAGCAGCAACCACCACAGCUAGCCACUAACGGUGGUCAGGAAGCGAAUGCUCAACCGGUGGCGGGACCCUCAUCAGCGGCUCCGGUUGCUGCUGGUCACAAGAAACACAAAGAAAAAAGUGCGGAGAAACUACGGGCUCGCGUUAAGAUCGAAGGAGAACCGAAACAAGCGAGAGCCGUCGCCCGGCCACGUUCGCCCUCCAGCGGCUCGGAGGAAUCGAGCAGCAGUGAAAACUCUCUGCCUCGUUUUACGGCCACUACUCGCCUCACCCUGUCCGAGCGCUUCGGGAAGAUGGCCCAGUGGAGUGUCGAUCGAUCGAACAUGGAAAAUAUGCGCAUCACCAAGAACUCGGCUGGUGGCGAUCUGAAGGUGAUGAUCGAGGAGGAACUGGAAGCUCCACCGACACGCUACACCUACUCACCGGCUCCCGCUGGUCACUUCCCCGAGGAACUGAUGACCACUGGACCCAGCGGACUCUCGUCGUGGGAUGACGUACGAGUGCGCUACGAAUAUUACAAGGGCCGAGGCUACCUGCGCGAUCUCGACCUCCAGGACUACAUCAAGUGGGAGGAAUGGUGGUACAAGUACCAGGAGUGGUUGAAGCAGGAGCGCUACUAUGAGCUCUGGGAACGCACGCAGAUAAACCGGCGACGGAAGAAAAUCCCCAUUUCGCAGCGUCUCAACUAAGCCUGUCCGAAGACGGACAAAUGAUUGUGUGCAUCGUACGAUCAUUAUUAUUACUACAUCGGUUUAGCGGGGGAAACCGUCUUAUCAUCAACUUUGAUUUUUGAAUUUAAGUUGAUGCACUGUCUGUAUUCGAACUGACGACGAACAGAAGGGAACCGGUCGAUCUGUACGAUGUCCGUUAGAUAAGAGAUCUUCCGGCGAAUCACAAAAGAACAUCUGAUGAUCGUCAUGUAAUGGAAUGAUUUCUGCAAGCUUUCAUGACUGUUUUGGCCUGACGGACUCGGAUAGUCACCCAAACUUCCGAGCUUAGAAAAGUUUGCCACAAUUGAAGCGUCUUCUACGGGAUUCAAACCCGUAACGCAAAACCAUGUACGACAGUAACGAAUGAAACCACUUUACAAUUUGUCAACUUUUCUGUUCAAUCAAUCGAUGAUCUUAAAACGUAAUGUUUAAGUAAUAUAAGAAUGUUCGUUCUUCCUCAUUUGACAUGUCUACUGUUUUACGAAUUCACCUUUUUCAAAUAUCUUUUCUUACAAACGUAGAACG